AUGAAAUUGUCGCCGACCCGAGGCCUUCGGCGCUCGACCCACAACGGGACCAGGUCGCCCCCAACAGGCUGGGACACCACCGCGGCCCCCGCGACGCUCCCCGCAAUGAUGCCCCGCGGCCGCCGGGGCCGCCGGCCGCCCGUCUUCCUCCUGCUCACUCUCCUCCGCGAGGUCAUGCGCGGCGACCGGCCAGUGGUCACCGUGGGCCUGGUGGCCCUGUGCGUGGCCCUCCACCUGCAGGGCCCCCACCCCACGCUCUCCAUCCCCGCCAACUGCCUCUCCGCGGACGCUGUCCUGCGGCGUGGCCAGCUCCACCGCCUACUGGCCUCCGCCCUCCUGCACGUCGACGACCUUCACCUGUACUACAACAUGGUGUCCCUCCUGUGGAAGGGCCGCAUGCUGGAGCCGGUAUUCGGGCCGGGACACUUCCUGGCCCUGUGCUGCGCGCUCAUGCUGGCCACCAGCAUCAUCCACGUGUACAUGGUCCAGAUCGCCUGGGCCGCCUUGGCGGGUGCGCCACUGGCGCGGCACUUCGACCCCUCCGCCUGCGCCGUGGGCAUCUCCGGCCUGCUGUUCGCCCUCAAGGUGCUGGCCGGCGACCGCCGGAUCAACCCCUCGGCCUCUGAAUGGUCGUCCGCGCCCUACCUGGGCUUUCGCGUGCCCACGCGCCACCUGGCGUGGGCGGAGCUGCUCAUCAUUCAGUUCGUAGCACCUAACGUGUCGUUCGUCGGCCACCUCAGCGGCAUUCUGGCGGGCCUGCUAGUCAGGCCGCUGCUGUUGAAUCGGAGGAUCGGAUGGGAGGGCCUGCGGCGGGCGGCGGGAUGGUUUGUCGGGGCACCGGCGCCGCCGCGGUUCAGCGAGGCGGGUCGCCCCUCGCACGGGCCGAGGCCAGCAGGACCAUCGGGACCCCCGCGGGGGCGCAUUCCGGAAUCGUCGCGACUGCUGGCGAGCCAGAGGGCGCGGUAG